CACAGAAUCCAGGCAGCGCACGCUCGAAUCGAACGCUAGCAGUCCCAUGCCACUGACGAAUGCUGCAACAUUUGCUUCGUCCCGACCGAUUUCCCGUGAAGCCAAUUGAAUGCAAGCAAAUCCUCAGUUCAUUCACUCCAUUUCUCCACCAUCCCGUGACCAACAUUUAAUCAUCAGCCCCGCAUUCAAUCGCCACUGCGUCGCGCCUCUGCGCCUCCUCUGACACUAUAAAACCUGCGGCGUCUGCCAUCUUCUUUCCCUCCAUUUCCAACGGUCGUGGCAUUCCCGGUGAAAAGAAAGAGAGAGUAGUAAACGUGCGAGAUUGCGCGGCAGAGUCAGACACGUUGUGAUCAGAUCGAUGGCUUCGGUGCUUUCCGUGCUGAUCGUCGUGGCGACGGUGACGCUGGCCGGCGCAGGCCGCUGGACGUGCCGUGCCGAGUUCACGGUGGUGGUGCCGGACUCGGCGGUGGCCGGCGCGCUGGUGGACGCGCCGCAGACUGGGUUCUCGGACCGGGCGCGCACCGACCCGGCCGAGCAGCGCGCCGUGCAGGACGUGAUGGCGGCCACGGGGAACGGCUGGGCGUCGGGCAUCGCGGACGUGUGCCGCGGCAGAUGGCACGGCAUCGAGUGUGUGCCGGACCGCGGCGACGUCUACCACGUCGUCUCCCUCUCCUUCGGCGCGCUCUCCGACGACACCGCCUUCCCGGCCUGCGACGCGGCCCACGCCACGCUGUCCCCGGCCGUGCUCGCGCUCCCGCACCUCCGCUCCCUCUUCUUCUACCGCUGCUUCUCGGCCAACCCGCAGCCGAUCCCGGCGUUCCUCGGCCGCCUCGGCCCCGCGUUCCGGUCGCUCGUGCUACGGCAAAACGGCCACGUCGGCCCGAUCCCCAUGGAGAUCGGCAGCCUCACGGCGCUGCGCGUGCUCGACCUCCACGGCAACCACCUCACAUCUGCCAUCCCGGCCACCCUCCAGUCCUUGAAGCACCUCCAGCUGCUCGACCUCAGCUACAACCGGCUUGCGGGCCAGGUGCCCAGCUUCAAGUUCCAGCACCUCAGCAUCCUGGACCUCAGCCACAACUACUUGCAGGGCCACGUCCCGGCGAGCUUCGGGCAAUGCCGGUCCCUGCUGAAGCUCGACCUCGGCCAGAACCGCCUGGCCGGCACGAUCCCCGACGCGCUCGGCGACCUGUCAGAGCUCAUCCUGCUCGACCUCAGCCACAACGCGCUGUCCGGCCCGAUCCCUGCCGCGAUCGGACGGCUGUCGGCGCUGCGGUCGCUGAUCCUCGGGGACAACCGGAUGCAGUUCUCGACGGUCCCGGAAGACUUGUUCACGGGGCUCAAGGCACUCACGACGCUGGUUCUCUCCCGCAUGGGGCUGGAAGGAUUGUUGCCGGAGUCCAUCGGGGAGCUGAGCGAGCUCCGGGUGCUGCGGCUGGACGGCAACGGGUUCACCGGCGUGAUACCGGCGAGCUUCCGGCGGCUGGGGAAGGCCAGCGAGCUCCGCGUGGACGGCAACCGGCUCGUGGGGCCGAUACCGUUCGGGAAGCAGAUGAUGUGGAGGCUCGGCAAGAAGCUGCGCGUCGGCGGUAACGAGGGGCUGUGCUACGACGCCAGGCAAGAAGGGCUGCAGGGCGUCGUGGCGCUGGCCGGCGUCGCGGACUGCGACAGCGUCAGGAGCCGGACCACGCAGCACUUGAGCUCGAACCGGAAGAGUGGCGGCACGGUGGCUAACGUGAGCACGUCGGCUGCGAAUUCUGGAUGCAACGGUGCGGCUCGCGUCGAGAGUCUGCACGUUGUCUUGGGCGUAUUGGUGUUCUUGCGGCUUGCAUUGUUGUAGUGUAGGUAGAACAGCUGGGUUUGGGACUUUUGGCGAUUGCUAGUACGUAGAUUAAUAAGUGUGGAGUUGUUUUCAUCGGGAGCAAUUGUACAAAGUGUUGCUGGUGAUUGACUGAUAGGAAUUUCGAUAUUCCAUUUGCGCCUA